AUGGACGGUUUGGAUUAUGAGCGUCCAAUCAGCGCAAUUAAUCAUCACGUGAGCGCUGGAACCUAUGUCUCUCCUCGUCCAAUAGAACUUGAUUCGCCUGGCAGCCUGAGUGGUCGAUAUUUGGGAGGGGUCCUGAACGCGGAUGGCUACUUCACAUUCGAUGAGUUUGCGGAGAACGUACUUGGCUCAUCAGAAUCCUGGCAAGAUGCAAGUCGUUCCGGCAACGCCUCCCAGCAGAUCGCUAUCGCGACUUCAAACGCCGCUAAUCAGGCCAGUCCGUCGACCUUAAGUGAGGGUUUGUGGUCGCCAGGUUUCGAUGGUUCCACCCCAAGAUUGGACCGGAUUCUUGAGCGUGGAGUGGCCCUGUUCUUCAGGCACAUAUACCUGGUUUAUCCUCUGUUGGACCAGAGAAGAAUUGCUGCAUUACUAUCGCGCUUUACAGAGCUUGGCACUACAGAGAGUGGGUUGUUGAAGUCGAUAUGCGCGCUAACACUGGUGACGGUAGAGUUCUGGCCUACCAUGACUGCCGAACGUCGGAUCGUCCUCGCACGCGAGUACAUCAGACAGUGUCUCGAAGCCCGCUUGUCCCAUAAUCUCAUAGAACAUGCGACCAUGGACGAUGUCCUGACUUCGCUUUUCAUCGCUGUAGCUUACUUCGAUUUGAAGUGCCGAAAAACCUCUUGGUUUUAUCUCAGAGAAGCCAUCAGCUUAGCACAUCUCGCUGGCAUUAGCACCACCAUCGAAAACACAGAGAUUGACCAUCCGGAAAAGAUUCGCCGCCAACGUCUGUAUGCUUUGCUCUUCAUUACCGAGCGUGGCGCAUGCAUACACGAUUCGUUUCCGGUCAGUAUCAUGCUACCUCCGGAUUUGACGGGCGAAGUGCUGCCCGACGAGGAUCCAGCCAUCUCACUUGGCUUGAGCAGUAUACACCGCCUCUUUUCAAUUCUGGACAUGGACUUCGUGCGGGUGUGGAACGGAGCUGUUUCAUCUUUCUCGACGGCGGAGAAAACCACCGAACUCGCGAUUCUUCAUGCACAUCUACGCCAGCCGUUCCAAAUCGAUGGAGUAUCCGAGACUCAACGAGCGGAUGUCCUCGUGACGCAGCAAUGGCUUCGUCUGACCAUCUGGCAGGCUGCACUGAGGCUUGGCCUGAUAUCCUCUUCUGCAGUGGAACCAGAAUUUGCGUAUACAUUUCCGAUCGAACUUGCGUAUGCACUCCGCGAAGUAUUGGAAACCCUGUCGCCGGCAGCCAUACAAGCCCACGGUCUAGGCAUCUUCGAAAAGCAAUUUGAAAUCGUGUACUCACUACUAGACGUACUGGCUCUCCCAGGAUCUUCGCAGACCACUGAUCAUCAUGAGGUUCUCCUAUCACUCUUACUCAGUUUGUCAGCUUCGCCGAAGUCCAGGGAUGUCUACGUGCGCAUCUUGCAGAAGCGUAUGACUCAGGACAGCACGACUGGAACAUGGCAAAAAUACGUUAGUCUUGCUAAUGUGGAGCUACUGCUCGACGAUCAACGCAAACACUGA